GUGUCAUUGUCACUGUUACAGAUUAUAUUUGUGUACAUGAAACAAUCGUGAAAAUAUUGAUUAUAUCAAUGUUAUGAAUUAUAUUCAAGUCACUAACAUGUUUUGUAACGUUAUCUAACAAACCAGCCUUCUUAUGAAGAUUCCGACUAGUUUCUAGGCGAUCAUAAAGUAUCAAUCCAAUAUUAUGUUGUAAGUAGACAAUAUGCUUCCCGGAAUAGGUGUAUUUGGUACUGGAUCAGUAGCUAAAGUACUAGUCCCUUUUCUAAGAGAAAAAGGAUUUUCUGUGGAAGCGAUAUGGGGCACAACACUGCAAGAAGCCGAAGCAACUGCAAAGGAGCUAAAGAUACCGUUUUUUACUAACAAAAUUGAUGACGUUUUGUUAAAGAAAAACGUCAACUUAGUUUUUAUAGUUUGUGCGCCAAAUCUUCAUGCUCAGAUCUCAGUAAAGGCUCUUGGUAUCGGAAAACAUGUUGUGUGUGACAAGCCUGCAGGGCUGUGCCAAGCUGAAGCUCUUAAAAUGGUACGAGCCGCACAAUACUACCCAACACUUAUUUCAAUUAUAAACCAUUCUUUACGAUUCUUACCGGCUUUCAGCUAUAUGAGAAAGUCUAUUGUAGAUGGUUAUUUAGGUAAUCCAGAAGAGUUAACCCUAAUUGAUGUUCGUGUUCAAAUGGGCUCUUUACUCAGUGACACUUAUAACUGGUUGUGUGAUGAUACAAUGGGUGGAGGAACUUUGACACUUGUUGGAAGUCAUGUCAUAGAUCUGGUUACUUAUUUGACAGGUCAGAAAGUUGUCAAAGUACAUGGUGUUCUAAGAACAUUUGUAGAAGAGACUGCUAAAGUAAAUGGAAUACGAAAAAUCACCGCACCAGACUUUUGCACAUUCCAAUUGCAGAUGGAUAAAGGUUUAUUAGUGACAGCAACAUUGAAUAACCACUUACCCGGUCCUUGCUUCAACCAAGAAAUAUAUGUUUGUAGUAAAAAGGGAUAUUUGGUUGUAAGGGGUGGAGAUUUACAUGGGAAACUGCAUAGAAUCCAUAAGACCAUUCCUGAAGAAGAAAAUAAGAGGGUACAAGAUAAAGAAGAAGUAAUAUAUGUUGAUGUUGAAGACUUGAGUUGUACAUCAAGUAUUAUUCCUAAACCGUAUGUAAAAGGUUUGUGUAAAAUGAUAAGUGCUCUCAAAGAAGCAUUUCUCCCUGUAAAGGAGCAAAUGGAUUGGAUUAAAGAACCGGUGAGGGCAGCAGCUACAUUUGAAGAUGGUCAAAGAGUGCAAGCCACUAUGGAAGCAUUGAGAAAGUCUAGCGAGGAUGGUUGUUGGACCACUGUGCAACUUUUGACAGAACCACCUGAUCCAAACCCUGCAUUAUCAGCUGCUGUCAGACGUACUGCAAUAUCUUUACAGUAAUUUGUUCUCAACAUAUUUUUACUUAAUUAUUCCGUAAUUUACUUUAAAUACUUUUAUUGGAUUUAUAGCCUGACUAAAGUAUUUUUUAUCUUUAUCCAUAACUUAGUUAUUUAGACACUGAGAUUAUUUACGAGCUAUUAAAAAAAAGUUUAGAGGUACCUACAUAUUUGUUAUGAAGGCACACAAGUUUCACAUUCUUUAAAUAUGGCUAAAAAGACACAUUACUCUCAAUAUUUGAGUUAAUUCUUUCAAAUGAAUAAAGUUUGUAUUAUGAAGUAUUUUAACACAGUAUUCGUUUUUCAAUAUGUACCUAUAGUUUGCCAUAAAGAAAAUAAUUGUAUUUUGAAAUGUAUUUUAUUUUAAUGAAAAAUAUUGCAUUAUUGAUAAACUUAUGUUAAGAAUAAGAAGUAUUUUACAGAUCUGUUGAAUAAAUUAAAAUAAGUGUAUAUGUAUAUGCAUUCUAAGUUAUAUAUGUUGCUUGCUUUAUCUACCAGUAAUAUAAAUUGUUAAAAAAUUUGCUUGCCAUGUAAUUUAAAACAUUUCAGAUGAAAAUUAUUGUUUUUAAACUAACAUUUUUUAUAUGCACAGUAACAAACAGAACCUUUAAUGAAAAAUAUUUCACCAACAUGAAUGGCCAUUAAACCAUAGAUGUGUUAAGAUGAUGCAACAAUUAUAAAAACUUAUGCUUGUG